AUGAGCGCGGCCCCGGGCACCUCCCGAGCCCCGCAGCCGCUGCUCCGCUUCCCCGACGGGGCGGGAGCCCCGGGCGGCAGCCGAGCCCCGGGGCCGUGCCCCUGCCCGGGGGCUCCGCGCAAGCGGCGCCGAACCACGUUCAGCCGGGGGCAGCUCUCGGAGCUGGAACGAGCCUUCGCCGCCGUGCCCUAUCCGGACAUCGCCACCCGGGAGCGCCUGGCCGAGCUCACGCAGCUGCCCGAGGCCAAGAUCCAGGUCUGGUUCCAGAACCGCCGCGCCCGCAGGAUCCGCAGCGCCAAACCGGAGCCACCGCCGCAGCCUCCAGCAGCGCCCACGGAGCGGGGUCCUCCCACAGCACCCCCCGACGGCACCACCCCAGGCCCGGCCCCCGGAGCCCCUCCACCGGGAGCCCGCAGCCCGGCUCCGGGGCUCCCCACCUCGCUGGGCUCCAUCUCUGACCUCAUCUACAGCGCGGCCAUCACCAACCUGGGCGAGCCAUAGCCACGAUGGGGACCCCCCCCGGCCCAGUGCCACGGGUUCAUUGGGGUGUGG